GCAACAUCAUAGGGCCAUUCCUGAGAGAGAAAUAGAUGAUCUAGAUCAUUAGAGAGAACGAUCAAUAUGUCUUCGCCGUCCUCUCGUAAGGUGUCUUUGCAACAAGGUCAGAAUGACCACAAAGUCGCUGAAGACAGAACUCUAGGCCCCGUAGUCGCCAAGACGGGGACAGACCGACAGCGGCAUUACGCACCUGGACCUAGGACAGCUUUCUUGCAUGGAGGCUCGAAUAGGACAGCUGAUGAAGUGACGUUCUCGUCUACUGAGAAAAAGCAGAAUUCGAAACCGGCUGUAGCACCUGGUGGCGUUUCUUCGGCAAAUCAUCUGGCAAGUCGCAGUAUAGAUCCAUUGGGACAAGUCGUGCAGUCGAUAAAGUUAUGGCACCAUCUACACCAAUAGACAGACAUAGGAAUGACCUGGAAAAUGUCCAUAUCGACUUCUCUUCAUGGCAACGUAACUAGAUAACUACAAGAAGCUAGCCCUUAUUAUUCUCAGUAACCAACCAUGUCUGCUAGUGAACCUGGUAGACCCACGCCUAACCUUGCACUUUUUAAAGAAAUAUGGUGCCAUGCGUUUUUCUAAGGCAAAGCGGUACUGCGGCUUUCAUCCAGAGCUUGGCGAUGCAAUAGGACAUGCAAAAACCGCAGUAAAUACCCAUUGGAACAAGGGAGCCGUACUUUGGCACCGCAGGAGCCACCACCAGCCGAUCGAUUUCCGCACGGCAUCAUUGUGUGUGGCUUUUUUUAAGCAUGCUUCUUCCGUGGAUUACUACUUUUCUGACGCGUGAAUUCGCGGGAGCCGCGUUCAGGGCUAGGUUGAUGGCUGCGCGACGGUUAUGAGUCUAGGUCUGCCGGAACCUGGAGGUCUCACACACAAGACAUAGUCGCGACAAAUUGGGACCACAGGGUCGAGACAUUCCAUGCACAAAGACGGAUAGAGACGAAAGCGAGCUUUCCUUCUACUUCAUUAGGCGUAGGGUGGAGUCAGACUGACUACAGGGGGUCCCACUUCUAACCGCUUCACAUAUUGUUUAAUUACGAUGCAUAUUUUGAUGAUGGUCGUCUUUGUGACACACUGUUCGUUACUAUCUUGUCUUGCCAGUGGUAGAGAAUGAGCACCAAAGACGUAUGAUGAUGACGGAAUGGUCUCAUAUUCCCUAUUCUUGGGCUAUGUCGUACCAAAAAGUGCUGCGCAUCUUAUGGGGCUGUGCGGAUGCUCAUGGAGCGGCGUGGAUUCCAAGAUGAACAGACACAGCCCAGAAGAUGAAAAGAUGCAACCCAGAAGAAAGAGCAACGAUGAUGAACCUGGACUUGGAGGUAGAUUCUUUUUAUAUGAGCUAGUGCACAAAUGUCUUGUUCUUGUCGCCCGCUCGUUCGUUGGCCAGAAGCCGGCAAUUAUGAGACCCAGGAAGCUGAUCGGAGUGAGUGACAGAGUGCGAGAAAUCAAGACCAUCAAAAUGGCGUGCAGAGUACCAGAGUAAAUUAUAUAUUGAAAUUAUGCUAGAAAUAAAUCGAAAUCGAAGACACCAGUUUCAUAAAUACAAUGCGAGUAGAG